UGUAACGCUCAUUGAAGUCCUGACUAAACAGUUAAAGUGACUCGACCCUGUCGUGUACCUUUAUUCCCACACCUCCACCACUGCACAGCAAAAGACCCGCAGCAUCCCCACCGGACAGCGGCUAGAAUCAUGAGCAGCGAUUGCUUGAAGAUGAAUGGUGUUCUAAAGACAGGAGAGAAGCUGGUGUCCCUCAACAAGGAAUACCAGGCCACUCUCCAGACGGACGGAGACUUUGUCCUCAUUCUUACCAACACUGGAGCUAAAAAGUGGGUAACAAAUACUUCCAAUGAAGGUGGUCAGCACCUGGAAAUGCAACAUAACGGCAACCUCGUCCUGUACGACAGUAAAAAUAAAUGUGUUUGGAGCACCAACUCGACCUGUCCUGCUCCUGUCGACUGCUAUUUGAAGUUAAGUGACGACGGCUAUCUGAAGAUUUACAAUAAUGAAAAGGAGGUGUGGAGAUCCAGCUAGUAAAAUCAGUAAUGAAUCAGUUCUGUUGUAAAACUUGUUGAGAUUCAGUUUUACUCUUCUGUUUAAUUCACAGCUAUCAAUAAAAUA